AUGUCGUCCGAGCAGUUUCCCGCCUACGGUCCCGCGCCCCUCCGUUCUGCUCUCAAGGCCGACGAUGAAGGCGAUAGGACGCCUCCCGUCAGCGGCUCCUUGAAAGCUGUCCAGAUCGCCGAACCUGUCGAGGAAUACUUUGUCGACGACGCUGAAUCCGGCCAGGCCUCCAAGCUCUUCCGCGUAGGCAGCUCCAGCAAGCGCAUGAGCGGCAAGCCCGUCUCCUCCUCACGCUCCUCCAUCAGCGAGCAAUCGCCAGCCUUGCGACCCCAGGACGACCCCUCCCUAGCAACGUCGCGCGCCGCCCGCCAGGACAACAACCGCCAAUACUAUAGCGAGAAGCUGCUUGCGCAGGUAAGCGAUUGGCUCGACCACGAGCGCCGCAAGGCCUCGCGUCGCAAGAAGCGCACCCACCUGCACCACCACCACGCGCCGCGCCGCUCCUCCACCUCCCCGCCCGAAGACGCCGCCAGCCGCAAGGGUCGCGACGACGAUACCGGUGCUGCUCCAGCCAACCGCGAGCGGUCCGACUCGGUCGACUCCCAGAGCAGCGAUGUCUCACUCGACCGCCUCCAGCGUAUCGUCGAGGAUUCCAUGUCCUCCAUGGGCCUCACGGCCGUCCCGCACUUUAGCCCCCGACCUCCCCGGCACAACAAACUCAAGCGCCGCGGCUCGUUGCGCGCCGCCUCCUCGGAUACCGAGUACACCGAGGGUGACGUCGUCGUCCCCAGCUGCGAUGCCUGGCUUGACAACUCUAAGACGCUCGUCUAUUCUGGCACCGCCCUGAGCAAUGAGGAACCCGAGGCCGCGGCCACCCGCGUCGCCAAGGAGAAGGAGGUCUGGCUGGUGUUUAAGAAUGAAAUCAUUCGCAUCGCACAUACCCUGAGACUGAAAGGCUGGCGCCGCGUGCCCCUCGGCGACGGCCACCGGAUCUGGGUCGAGCGGCUUAGCGGCGCCCUCACCAACGCCGUCUACGUCGUGACGCCUCCCGCCGACAUCCCCGAGAUUGAGGGCAAGAAGAUGCCGCCCAAGAUCCUCCUCCGAAUCUAUGGCCCGCAGGUCGAGCACCUGAUUGACCGCGACAAUGAGCUCAAGGUCCUCCAACGACUAGCCCGCAAGAAGAUUGGCCCCCGACUGCUCGGCACCUUCAAGAACGGCCGCUUCGAGCAGUUCUUCAACGCCAUCACGCUGCGACCCAGCGACCUGCGCGAGCCCGACACCAUGAAGCAGAUUGCCAAGCGAAUGCGCGAGCUGCACGACGGCAUCGACCUACUGCCGUCGGAGCGUGAUGCCGGUCCUGGCAUCUGGAAGAACUGGGACCAGUGGCUUGAUAAUGUCGGCCGCAUCGUGCAGUUCCUCGAUAAGGACCUACAUAACGUUCCAGAGGGUCCGCGUGCCUCCUCGGUGGUGCAUGCCUGGAAGGCCAACGGCCAUGUCUGUGGAGCGCCGUGGCCGCAGUUCCUGGCCGCUGUGGUCAAGUUUAGAGCUUACCUCGACAGCUUCUACAAGAGCCCGAAAGCGAUUCGCGAAAGCCUAGUCUUUGCCCAUGCCGACACGCAAUAUGGCAACAUCCUGCGCAUCCGCCCCGACGACGAAAAGUCGCCCCUCCUCCAGGCCGCUAACAAGCACAAACAGCUCAUCGUCAUCGACUUUGAGUACGCCGCCGCCAACACACCCGGCCUCGAGUUUGCCAACCACUUCACCGAAUGGACCUACAACUACCACGACCCCGUCACCUCCUACGCUUGCAACGUGGAGCGCUACCCGACGCCCGAGGAGCAGCACCGCUUUAUCAAGGCCUACGUCGACCACCGCCCGCAGUUUCCCGCCCUCGGCACCCCGCGCAUCCUGCCCCAGGACGUCACGGCGGCCAACACGGCGGCCAACGCCGGGACCGGUGAGGCUGUCGGCACGCCCGCGCUGCUGCCCACGGCGUCGAGCAGCUCCAUCGUCGAGUUCAUGCUCGACGCGCGCGCCCCCGCUGGCGGCUGGACCGCCGCCGAGCGUGCCCGCGAGGAGCAGAGCGACGCCCAGGUCCGCGAGCUCAUGGAGUCGACGCGCCUCUGGCGCACCGCCAACAGCGCCAUGUGGGCCGCUUGGGGCGUCGUCCAGGCCAAGAUUCCCGGCCUCGACGAGGCCAACCGCCCCGUCUCGCCCGAGGUCGCCGAGAGGGCCGAGGCGGAGAUGGGCGUCGACGAGUUCGACUACCUGAGCUACACGCAGAGUCGCGCCUUCUUCUUCUGGGGCGACUGCGUCCAGCACGGCAUCGUGACCGUCGACGAGCUGCCGGAGAUGCUGCGCCGAAACCUCAAGACGGUGGACUACUGA